AGCCCGUGUUCGCACAAAGCCAUAUUUAGCCUCGGCGAGAGCUCACAUGCCCCCGGCCACUGCCGAGGAUACCUGUGGUGUCGACACACCUGCUCUGCUCCCUCUAAUGGACUUAGGACGGAGGCGGGCGUGCGCGUGAAGGAGUCCGCUGUCGUCACUAAACCCGUGGUUCCCGGGGACAUGAAACUCACUCCCCAGCAAGCUCCACUGUAUGGCCGCUGCGCGAUCACGGUGCAGCUCGCCGAUGAGGAGCUGGCUGUGGACGAGGAGGGCGCCGACUACUUCCUGCUGUUUGUCGGCAGCACACAGAGGCACCUGACCAGCACACUGAGGAGCGGCCAUGACACCUUGCAGGCGCUGUGUCCCGCUCACGACUGUUGCGAGGAAGUGUCGGUCACCCUGUGCUCCGUCUCCUGCGCCGACCCGCAGGCCCGCGGGGAUCUGAAGACGCACCCGGCUCCUUUGGCCGAGCAUCGCUUCAGCUUUGUUCAGGACCUGGCGUUCGACAUGGCCCAGUUCCUGGUGAGCACGGUGGGCCGGACCGACGGCCUGGACGCGGCGCUGCUCCUGGACGAGUAUCACAUCCCCGUGCGGGAGUGCGAGCGUCAGGAUGAGAGUCUGGCGCUGGCCCUCCACCACAUCCCGCUACCCCCGGGAUGGAGCCUGCUGGGGAACAAGCACACCAACAACACCGAUCCGGUUCCCCGCGAGACCCUGCUGCAUUUUUCCGCCCGCCGGGGCCUCCAUCGCGUCACAAACUUCCUGUUGCGACAGCCGGGAGCCGGGGAAGCCGUGCGACUGGCCAACCGGCAAGGCCACACCCCCGCCGCCGUCGCUGCGAUGCGGGGCCACGACGCCCUCCACGAGCUCCUGGCACAGGCCGAGUCGGGAGAAGGGCCCGAGUGCGUCCAGCUGGUCCCGACAGACGCCCGCGUCGCCUGCCACCUCCCCCGGCUGCGCACGCACACGCUGACGCAGAGCGUCCGCCCGGGCCGCGAUCCGCCGACCCUCGGCGUGAGCGUGGAGCAGCUGCUGCAUUUGACGUGUCAUCUCCACGCCAAGAGAGUUUCUGUGCUGGAUCUGCACUCUGACUCUCUGCACACAGCUGCUGAAUGCCGCGAGGACAUCGAGCCAGGGACGGGCUGCCCGCACGCUGAAAAAGCCGAGGACUCGGAGGGAUUUUGCGGGUACGGAGACGAGGAGAAGGACGACUGGAGCGUGUCCGUGAGCCCCCGAGAGCAUGGCCCGGUGCCCCUUGAGGUUUGGGUGUGUCUCCAGUCUGGGAGAGAUUAUUGCCCAUCGGCGGAGGGAAGGGAACGGCCUGUUACCGCACGCAGCUUGAGCGAGUGUGAGAGCGCAGGAGAAGGGGGGAGCCCGCCCGUGGGAGGGUGCGGUGAGCAGGAAACCGAACAGGAGGCCACAGAGGGAGAGGAGCAGGAAGUAGAAGAAGGAGAAGACGACGAGACACCCGGUGGAGGUUUAGUCAUGGGUCAGUCCCAGUCCUCACACGGCUCUGACGCUGAAGGCGAGGAGCCUCACCAGGAUGGCGAGGUGUUGACUCACCUUUCUUUAGACGACCAGGAAACCGACAGCGCAGGCUUGGCCCCCUUAUCAGCCGAAGAGGACCUCCCAGUUCCGUCCGAGUGUGCCUGCGAUGAUGUCAGCAAGGAGUCAGAUGUUCCACCCCUGGGUGAGGGGGAACCUCCGGUCGACGUGCACGGCUUGGAAGAAAACCAGGAAACAGCUGCUGGGGAUUACGCCGCAGAGCAGGAGCAACAACGCACAGGUCAGACCACUUCUAUGGAGUUAGUUGUAGCAGAAGCUCCCGAAGACACGUCCGCGACGUCGGACUUUGCCGAGGACAAGAGCGAGGGUCCACCCGAGCAGGCCGAUCUAGAUCCCGGCCUCACUCCUAGCCUGUCCAGCGACGACGACGUCAGUUUCCAAUCAGUCGGAAGCUGCACGACGGACGUGUUCCACCUGACCGAGGAGAGCGUUUCCCUCGAGGAGCAGAACUGGACCAACGUGGAGACGCCAUGUGACAGCAGUACAUGUUCUCCGCCGUCGGACGCGGACCCGCCCGAGGAAGCUGCUGGCGAUGGCGGCGCCUCCGAGCACGAAGAACCGCUGCUCAGCGUCCAAACAGCUGAGGAGGAACCAGAGGAACAAGGUGCCCCGGCAGAGCCUUCGGAGGAGGACCCAGCCUCUGUGGUGGAGGAUGGAGACGGAAACGGUGCUGAGCAGAAUGAAGAGGGGGAGGCCGUCAUGUCUGAACAUGCCGGGACCGGCGAAGCACUGAAAGGAGACGAGCCCGAUUCUUCCACGAUCCAUCGAGACACGGAGGCGUCCUUCCACCAGCCCCUCAACGCUCAGAACUCAGGGUCUUCACAGUCGUCCACCUUGCCCGCUUUGUCCGGUCGGACCAUCAGCAGCAGCAACAGUUGUUCUUCCGCCACACACAGAGACUCAGGCAGCGAUGCCGAAAGUCUGCUGAGCGCCGAGGUGGCAUAUGACAGCGUCUUCAUCAAGAAUGACGAGCCAGUGACGGGCGGCGACAGCACCAGCGAGGUCUCCAUCUCCUGCUCCUCCACGGACGACACGGCCAGCGUGGGUCCGUCCAGCUCCAGUCCCGACGGCAGCCAGGGUCUGGGCAGCAGCUGGAGCCCGGAGGAAGUCAUCACGUCGCGGGGGGCCUCCGUCUCCACGGACAGAGGCGGCGGCGGGAGCGCGGGAGUACUGGGAAGGGAGGCCGAGGAGGAGGCCAAAGACCGAGUGACGGAGGUGCUGCGGCGCUCCUGCCUCUUCCGGAGCAGCCUGCGCUCCUUGUCGCCUCUUCGCCGCCACAGCUGGGGACCAGGGAAGAACAACGGAGGACACGGGGCGAUGAACCAGAGAAGCUACAGCCUGGAGGGCCUGAGCGGCGGCCAGGAGGACGUCAGGGGCCUGACGCGCCAGGGCCCCCGCAUCCAGGAGCCUUCCAGGAUGCCGCGGCAUGACGUGGACGAGCGGGGCUCCCUGGUAUCGCUCACAGAGGAGCACGAGGAAACAGGGGAGCUUGGCGGCCUGGAAAUGCUGAAAUCCAGACGCUAUCGGCCCCUGAGGAACAGCUGCCCGCCCAUGACCCUGCCCCUCACCAAGUCGGUGUCCAUGCUCGCCAUCAGCCACCGAGACAUUGACGGCAUGAGGUCGUUCUCCAGCCCUUCCGGCUCAUUAGCAUACAGCAUAUCAGAGGAGGAGCCCGGCCCUCUGCGGAGCGACGCCGAGGGGAAGGGCGCCACCAAAGUUAGCCGCACCUUCAGCUACCUCAAGAACAAGAUGUACAAGAAGACCAGGGAAAAGGAGCGAGACAAAAGGGAUAAAGAGAAGGAAGUCAAAGAGAAGGACAAGAAGGCGGUGAACGGCCAUCACUUCGCCACCGGCGGCUCCGGCCAGGCGCUGCCGUGCUCCCAGUGCUCCCAGUGCAAUAAGGCCUUCGGCAGCAAGGAGACGUACCAGUGCACAUACUGUAAUGCCUGCGUGCACAAAGGCUGCAGGGAGGGCCUGCCUGUCUGCGCCAAGGUAAAGAUGAAGUUGCCCAGGCAGCAGUUCACUGUGCCGGAUUCCAGCUCCUUCCCCGGAGUCGUCAUGAGGAACAAAUCGGGAGGUACGAGGGAGCGUCCCUGGUCAGCCAUCCUGUCCCCGGAAGACCACUCCUCCAUGACCAUGCCGCCGUCGUGCCGCAGACACACGGGCCUCAUGCCUUUCCACGGCAACAACCUGUCCAAGAGUCUGUCCAUUAGCAACAUUACCGGUCCAGUGUUUGACGAGAUGCCCAUCAAAGGCCUGCGCUAUCUGUCCCAGUCCACGGACUCCCUCAACAGGACCAACCAGGUCACAGAGUCCAUGGAAUCACUCACUGAUGAAGGGACGGAGAUGAUGGACGGACAGUUGAUGGGCGAGUUCGAGGGGGAAGCCAAGGAGCUGGAGGCCGACUCGUGGAGUUUCGGCGUGGAUCAACAGUACCUGCAGCAGCUGGAUCGGGACCUGGUGAAGAGGCAGGACGUCAUCUACGAGCUGAUGCAGACGGAGAUGCAUCACAUCCGCACGCUGCGCAUCAUGUCGGAGGUGUACAGCAAGGGCCUGCAAAAAGAGGCGCAGCUGGAGCAGCAGACGGUGGAGAGGCUGUUCCCGGCGCUGGACGAGCUGCUGGAGUUCCACACGCAGCACCUCCUGCGCCUCCUGGAGAGGAAGAAGGAGAGCCUGCUGGAGGGCGGGCGGUCCUCGGAGCGGGGCUUCGUGGUGCACAGGAUAGGAGACAUCCUCCUCAGCCAGUUCUCGGGGUCCAAUGGCGAAAGCAUGAAGAAGAUCUACGGAAGGUUCUGCAGCCGCCACAACGAAGCAGUCAACUUUUACAAAGACCUGCUAAACAAAGACAAGCGCUUUAAAGCCUGCAUCAAAAAGAAGAUGAGUAGCAGCAUUGUGCGGCGGCUCGGCAUCCCAGAAUGCAUCUUGCUGGUGACUCAGAGGAUCACCAAGUACCCGGUGCUGAUUCAGAGGAUCCUGCAGCACACCAAAGAGGGCGACGAGGACUACGAGGACCUGACGGAGGCGGUGCGACUGGUCAAGCGGGUGAUCGCCGCCGUGGACGCCAGGGUGAACGAGCACGACAAGCGGCGGCGCCUGAAGGACUUCCACGCCCGCACCGACGGCAAGUCCAUCAUGAUGAUGAAGAGCGGCCAGAUCUUCGCCCGCGAGGACCUCCUGCGGAGGCGGCUGAUCCACGACGGCGCUCUGCAGCUGAAGAGCUGCCAGGGCCGACAGAAAGACGUGCACGCCUUGCUCCUGUCGGACGUGGUCGUCUUCCUGCAAGAGAAGGACCAGAAAUACGUCUUCGCCAUGCUGGACCAGCGCUCCACCGUCCUCUCGCUGCAGAAGCUGAUCGUGCGCGAGGUCGCCAACGAAGAGCGCGGCCUUUUCCUCAUCACGGCCGGCAUCGAGAAGCCCGAGAUGAUGGAGGUGCUGGCCAGCUCCAAGGAGGAGCGCAACACGUGGAUGCAGCUCAUCCAGGACGCCAUGCAGUCCAUGGAGAGGGACGAGGACGAGGGGAUUCCCAGCGAGACAGAAGACGACCGGAGACAGCUGGAGAACAAGAAGAAGGAGAUGCGAGACCUGCUGAGGCAGAAGGACUCCGAGAUCCUGGGUCUGCUGGAGGAGAAGGCGCGGCUCUUCAAGGGCAUGUGUGUGGGCUCCAGCACGUCCGAGGAGCCUUUCUUCAGGGCGCCCGGCGGCCCCGAGCCCCCCAGGGGGGCGUGCAUCAUGAAGGACGCCCUGCAGGAAGUGGAGACUCUGCAGGGCCUGGUAAUCGGCAGCCUGGGCGGGGCCAUGGCCAGCGUCCAGGAUGGCGGCGCGGCGGGCCCGGUGUGUUUACCCCGUCGGGCCGAGACUUUCGGCGGCUUCGACAGUCACCUCAUGCACAGCGGCAAGAGCGCAGACCGCGAGGAGAGCGAGGACGCCGCCAGAGAUCUCCGCAGGACCGAGUCUGACGGCGUCUUAAAGAAGGGAGGAAACGCCAACCUGCUGCUGCUGCUCAAGAGGAACAGCGAGCAGGUCCUCCACAGCGUGUCCAACCUGCACCUGCUGCUCAGCAUGCUGCAGGCGGUGGUGGUGCAGCAGGACAGCUUCAUCGAGGACCAGCGCCAGGCCCUGAGCGAGCGCUCCUCGUCCUGCUCCUCCUCCUCCCUGUCCCGCCCGUCCUCGCGGCCCGGCUCGCUGAUCGAGCAGGAGAAGCAGCGCAGCCUGGAGAAGCAGCGGCAGGAGCUGGCGGCGCUGCACAAGCAGCAGGCGGCGCACGCCGAGGAGCGGCGCCGGCGCGAGAAGGAGUGGGAGAGCAGGGAGCGGCGGCUGGCCGAGAAGGAGACGCUGCUGCUUCUGCAGGAGACGGAGCUAAGCAAGUAUCAGAAGGACGUGCAGGAUGAGAGGCAGGACCUGCAGGGCAGGAAGGAAGACUACCAGAGAAACUUGGAGAGACUGAGGGACGCUCAGAGGAAGUUGGACAAGGAGCGGGAGUUGCUGCAGAGACAGAUGGACAAGAUGGAGGAGCGCCGACGGGCUGAGAGGACGCCCUCCACCACGUCCGAGGAGUCCCAGUUGGCGGGCAGCUCCCAGUCCCUGGACCUGGACCUGGACCCGGCGGACGUGUCGCCCUCGCAGCGCCCCAAGGCCAGCAAGACGCGAGGCCUCAACCCCUUCACCUCGUCCUCGUCCUCGUCUUCGGCCUCGGCCGACGCCAACAAGCAGCUGAGCAAGAGCCUGAUGCAGCUCGCCAAGCGCAAAGACAAGCGCAAGAAGAAGGUCAAAGGUCAAGUCGCAGACCCCGAGCCUCCGCUUGAUGGCCAGAUCUUCUUCUGCUGAGACCUGACAGGAAGUGGACCUCUGGCCACGCCCACACCUUGAGGACAGGAAAUGGAAGUGCAUUAAAAGGAAAUGAAAGAAAAAAAGUCAACGUUGACGUUUAAAGUGCAAACAAAUUGACAAAAAGCUUUGAUUGGACAGGAAGACGUGGUCAUGUGAUCUCCUGCGGCCAUCUUGGAUGAAAUCUUCUCUUCUUUGUUGGUUCUCGCUUUGUUUUUGUUGGGAUUGCACGCCAAUCAUCUUCUCUUUUUAUCCUCGACUUGGUUACCAGCGCGCGGCCGUUAAAUGUGUGCAGUUUCUGGAACGUCACGCUGCUUCUAUUUCAUCUUCUAACUUCACAUCAAAUCACUUUUCAUUAGGUUUCUUUUACGCUAAAAAUGGCGUCUCUGCAAAAUGUUUACACAUGAAAAAGUUGCAUUAGUUACUAAAACAUGUUUUUCGUUAACUACCUGCGGGUCAGGUACAGCUGCGCCCCCUGCUGGUAGAUUUGGAGAACCACAAGUUUCCCCUCUGCGCUGUUUUUGUUGGCGAUUUGUCAGGAAGCAGCUUUAAAAAGGGGGCGGAGCCGACACGUCUUCUUCCCGCCUCCUGAAAGACGGCCGAAUGCACUAAAAAGCUUUUGUAACGGGGAAAAAAAAGUGUUUGUACGAAGAAAAGACAAAUGUAAAUAUGAUCUAUGUAUAAAACAAAUCACCUGUACAAAAAAAAAAAGGUUACUUUUUGUGAUUUAUUACAAUAUUUUCUAAGAAUGUUUAUUUAUGUUUUAUUCUCUCCCUGUUUGGGAGAGGCCAUAAACAUGUGAUGUUUCGCUCCUAAUUAAAACAAAGUUAAACACAAGCUUUUUUGGGGCUUUUAUU